AUGGUGAGUACCGUCAUCAAGAUCGAUGGUCAAGAACCAAACGACCUUCUUGACGAUCUAUCGGCCCAAGAACAAACGAUGAGUACCGUCAUCAAGAUCGAUGGUGAAGAACCAACCGACCUUCUUCACGAUCUAUCGGCCCAAGAACAGGUCUUGAUUACUGUAAAUAUUUUGGAUUUUGGAGGCUUUUUGGCAACUGGGAAGUGGAUUGCAGUGGAGCUUCCUCAAGUGGACUUUGAGGAUGGUCAUCAUGGGUUUUGUGCCAUCUGUUUGUGUAAGAUAGUUCUUCAAGAAACUGCCCUUGUAAAAGGUUGCGAGCAUGCCUACUGGUUUGUCUAA